UAAGCCUGUUUUUUUUUUUUAAAUUGAUCUUCUGAUUGCCAAAAUAUUCUUAUAAAAAUAAUAUAGUAGAAUAUUUGAAUUUAUCUGUUGCUAGUUGAAAAUGCAGGGAAUUUUUGUUUUGUGUGUGGGUUUGUUUUUGUUUUUGUUUUUGCUAUUGUGGAUAAGACAAAGCUCUUGAAAUUCACAUUCAUCAUGCAAACUUCCGUGUUAAACUGCUUACCUAGUCAAGAGAGUGGUACAUGUACUUGGGGAAUUGACAUCCCCGGAGAGGUUUUAGAUAUUAUUCAUGAAAGGGAUAGUUGUCGAUUUGGCUGGUUCCAAGAUAUAUAUAAUAUCUAUAUCUAUCUGUCUAUAGAUAGUUGCGAGGCCCGCAGUUAUGAUUGUGAACAUUAACAUUUAAAAGUAAAUGUAAAAGUACAAGUAAAAUGUUUUACCUAUUAUUAAUUUUUCAUCAGAAACCUAUGCACUAUGUGAUGCAAAUAGAGCAUUCUAAAAGUGUCUUUGCCAGACCUUUUGGCACAGGCCUUGAAUACCAGAGCUCUAGAGGCACAGGCAGGUGGAUCUCAGUAAGUUUGAGGCCAGCCCUAGCUCCAGAACUUCUAUAGCUACAUGGUGACAACCUGUCUCAAAAAAGAAAACAACAACAAAAAUGGAAUACGUCUUCUUGUCCUGAGUUCUGAAUGUUGCUAGUAGAGUCCAGAAAGCAAAGUAUGCUGUUUGAGGGUAUCAGCUCACACUGUUUCCACAAUUAGAAAAGCCAUUGUAAAGCAGAUGCUGGUGGCACGUGCCCUUAAUCCCAGCACUAGGGAGGGAGAAGUGGGUGGAACUCUUGAUUGCAUUGCCAGCCUGGUAUGCAAAGCAAGUUUAAGGACAGUAAUAGCUAUACAAAGAAACCCUGUCUUAACCGCCCCCCCUCCCAAAAAAAAAGGAAAGGAAGGAACAAGCAUUAUAGGACAAUUGUUAAAAAAUCAUUUUGAAUAAUUAAUAUAGUCUUUUGUCUGCUCGGAUCAAGAAAAGUACUUUUUCCAUGGACACAUGACUAAGCUUUUUUGUUGUUGUUGUUCUUAUAUUGCUCUGUCUGGCCAAGAACUCACCUUAUAGACCAGGCUGAACUAGAACAGAUUCAGAAUUCCACCCACCUCUUUCUCCCACUAACAGGAUAGUUCAAACUGUUGAUUUGUUUUUGUUUUGUUUUAGUUUUUUUGUGGUCUGUUGACAGCCGGUGGUGUGACUGUGAACUUCUCCAAGGAGGAGGGUCAAUGCCUGGAGCCUGCUCAGAGGGCUUUGUACUGGGAUUGGAUGUUGCAGAAUUGCAGCAGUAUGGUUUCUAAGGGGCUCACUGAUCACCCAGACCCGAUCACCUGUGGAGAACACAGAACCCUGGAAGAUGGAGCAGGAGGAGGCAGUGGUUAAGGAUCCAGGUCAGCAAGCCAUCUAUUCAUUGUUCCUGAAAGAGAAACUCACAGAAAAUAAACUGAAAGAAAUGGCUGAUUCUCCAGUUAAUCUGUUCCAGGGCUCACUGAUCACCCAGACCUGCUCACCUGUGGAGAAGAACAAAGAACCCUGGAAGAUGGAGCAGGAGGAGGCAGUGGUUAAGGAUCCAGGUGAGCAAGCCAUCUAUUCAUUAUUCCUGAAAGAGAAACUCACAGAAGAUAAACUGAAAGAAAUGACUGAUUCUGCAAUUAAUCUCUCCCAGGCAGUCCUGCCCAACAUCUUUGAGACUGUCAAAGAGGAUCAGCUACCCUACCAGGAGAGACACCCACCAGAUGAGCCAGAGAUACAACCUGUUGACUGUGUUUGGGUCGAGAAAUAUAUGACCCAGCAGCUAGGAGGAAAGUGUACUGGACUGUUCAAGGUGAUCUUGACCACACCGACUGCUGUUAAAGUAGCUGACAAGCCUCACUGGAUUCAGCAGAAUCAUCUAAAGCUGUCAAAGUCUGAACAUGUGCCUAAGGAAUGGGUGGUAAGGCCACUGAGACCUACCAAGGGAAAUCAGCCUUCUGAUAUCAGAAAACUCAUAGUGGAUGAGCUGAAAUUCCAACAAUGUCCAUGGGUCAAACAGUCUCCCUCUUUAUGCAAGAACUCAAAGACAAAGGGUCUGUUGACAUUCAAGGAUGUGACUGUGGAUUUCUCCCAAGAGGAGUGGGAAUGUUUGAACUCUGCUCAGAGAACUUUGUACAUUGAUGUGAUGUUGGAGAAUUACAGAAACCUGCUCUCUGUGGAGAACUGUUGCAUAUGUGAUCCUGCCCAUCAACAUGUGAAUAAAGAAAAGGAGUCUUCUCAGUGUAAUGACCUUGGCAAAGUGCUUCAUGACCUCUCCACAUGUAUACUUUAUAGAACAAGUGAAACUACAGAAAACUCUAAUAACUACAGAUGCAGUAAUCAUAGGGAUGCCUCCGUUGACUCAUCAAACCCAGAUAGACAUGACAGCAUGCACACUGGAGAAGAACCUUGCAAACCUAAGGACUGUGAGAAAUCUUUAAAUUUGUGUUCCAACAUUAAUAAAGAUCAGAGACUCUACAUUGCAAAGAACGAGAACAGGCAGGAAGAAUAUGAUGACCAUUUAAGCUCUACAUACAAUGGUUUACAACAAAAAUUCAGCAUUGGAGAGAAACCACACCAGUGUGGGAAAUGUGGGAAAUCCUUCAGUACUGCCUUAAGCCUCAAUGUACAUCAGAGAAUUCAUACUGGAGAAAAGCCUUACAAAUGUCAGGAAUGUAAGAAAUCCUUUACUGUGAAGUCAACUCUUACAAAGCAUCAAAGAAUUCAUACUGGAAAGAAACCCUACAAGUGCAACAUUUGUGACAAAUCCUUUACCCAGUGCUCAAGUCUGAAAACUCAUCAAAGACUACAUACUGGAGAGAAACCUUACAAAUGCAGAGAAUGUGGGAAGUCCUUUCAUCAGUCCUCAGCACUUAAAAGCCAUCAGAACAUGCAUACAGGAGAGAAGCCUUACAAAUGUAAGGAAUGUGACAAAUCCUUUGCCCACUAUUCUAACUUUAGGAGACAUCAGAAAAUCCAUACUGCUGAGAAACAUUAUAGGUGUCAAGAAUGUGACAGAGUCUUUCAUUGGCUUUCACACUUAAGGAGACAUUACAGACUCCAUACUGGAGAGAAGCCUUACAAAUGCAAUGAUUGUGACAGUUCCUUUACCCACUAUUCAUCAUUUAGAAGGCAUCAGAAAACUCAUUCUUUAGAUGAAUUGUACGAAUGCAAAGAAUGUGGUAAGUCCUUUCUUGACUUAUCACAUCUUAAAAGGCAUCACAGAAUCCAUACUGGUGAGAAGCCUUACAAAUGUGAGGUCUGUGACAAAUCCUUUACCUUGAACUCAACUCUUAGAAGACAUCAUAAAAUUCAUACUGGGGAGAAACCUUACAAAUGUGAGGUAUGUGACAAAUCCUUUAGUGUGAUAUCAAAUCUCAGAAGUCAUCAGAAAACUCAUACUGGAGAGAAACUUUACAAAUGUAGGCAAUGUAGCAAAUCCUUUAGCCAGGACUCAUAUCUUAGAAUACAUCAGAGAAUUCAUACUGGAGAGAGACCUUACAGAUGCAGAGAAUGUGGAAAAUCAUUUCAUCAGUUGUCAGCACUUAAACGCCAUCAGAAAAUGCAUACUGGAGAGAAACCUUACAAAUGUACAGAAUGUGGCAAAUCCUUUACCCAGGACUCACAUCUUAGAACACAUCAGAGAGUCCAUACUGGAGAGAGACCUUACAGGUGUACGGAAUGUGACAAAUCUUUUACUGAGUGCUCAACUUUUAGACAACAUCAAAAAAUUCAUACUGGAGAGAAACCUUACAAAUGUACAGAAUGUGACAAAUCCUUUUCCCGUAACUCACAUCUUAGAAUACACCAGAAAAUUCAUACUUGAUAGGGACCUUACAAAUGCAAAGAAUGUGACAUGUCCUUUAUCCAGAUUUUGAGAUUUAGAAAACAAUAGAAAAUUCAAACUGGAGAGAAAAAUACUGGAAUUCUCUACUUAGAAAUCACAAUAAUAGAAGCAUAAAGAUAUGAAAUUUGUGAAUGUCUUUAAUCAAGGUCUAAUCUUAACAAAUUUCACAGGGCUUAUAUGAAAAUAAAAUUCUACAGGAAAAGUUUUGUUGUUUUUUCUUUAA